AUGCCUUACGCGCCAGGUGACACUGCUAAGGGUGCCGGUCUUUUCAAGACGCGGUGCGCACAAUGCCACACUGUUGGUGCGGGUGAGCCCAACAAGGUUGGCCCCAACUUGCAUGGCCUCUUUGGGCGCAAGACCGGUCAGGUCGAGGGCUUCUCGUACACUGCUGCCAACGUGAACAAGGGUGUUGUUUGGCAGGAGGACACGCUUUUCGAGUAUCUUGAGAAUCCCAAAAAGUACAUUCCUGGUACGAAGAUGGCUUUUGCUGGUCUCAAGAAGGACAAGGAUCGCAACGACCUCAUUACUUGGUUGAAGGAGUCGACCGCAUGA